AUGGCACCUUCGCAAGCCCGACCAACCAAGGCUCAUGAUGGUUUGAGUACGAUAGUACAACAGGACUUUCGCAAGAUGCCUGCGCCAACGGAAGACAGCGACCGGCCACCAGAUCCCCCUGUGCAUAGGGAUUUUUCUAUGAUCUCUCCACGAAACCCAUGUCAUCCUGAGCAUAAAGCAUCCCCCUUAAAGCAGAAGAAACAUGCGCCUGGAAAAGAUGCCGGCAACAAAAGUGCCCCCAGGACGAGCGCGACUUGGGCCACCUCGAGCGUUGAUUUGAGGAGUUCCCUUGAAGAAGACGAGUACGGAGUACGAGUGCUUCCUGUUGGCGAAUUCCCUUCAUCCCAGGUGAGGCCAAGGGCAUCCAUUCACUCUGGUGGCCCAGCUUCUCACCCGUACCCUACUCAGGCGCCCUCUGUGACCCAGAAUCCGCAAAGUCGAGGGUGGUUGACGCGAUUCUUCCGAACCGUGUCCGGAUAUUCUCGUACCGAUGAUGGAAACGCCAAAAUCCGACAUAGGCGCAGCGUCAGCGACAUCGCCCUUAACCUUGUGCACUCCAAACGAGACUCGCCGAGGAAUGUCGAGCUACAUGAACUUAUUCGCCUCACUGGGAAGAGCUUGCUGCGUCUUCCGGAAGGCCAUGCUCCGGAAGACUUGAUCGUGCCCACUUGUAUUCGGGCAACAUCACAGUAUCUGAUUCAGAAUGCUGUCCACGUCAAGGGGGUAUUUCGCAUUCCGGGCUCGCUCCGCGUAGUGAAUGCGCUGUAUAGCUAUUACUGCUACGCCGACAAAGAUGGAGACCGCAUCUCCGGUACUAUUCGAAGUGUAAACCUGCCCGGACACAUCCGGUUCACGGUGCAUGACGUCGCUUCAACCUUCAAGAAGUUCCUGUCUGUUCUGCCAGGCGGCAUUCUAGGUUCCCUGGCGGUGUUUGAUGCUUUCGUUGCUAUCCACAGUCAGCUCCGAGGCGAUCGUGAAGCUGGGAGGUUGAAGCAUCGAAACGUUCGCGCAAGAAUGAUCGCCCUUGUCAUCGGAACCGUGCAAUCUCAUCUACGCCGGGAGUUGAUAUGCGCUGUAUUUGGUCUCCUCUCAUACCUUGGGCGAAGCGCGGAAACAGCCACUUCUCAGGAUGAGAACGGAAACACCCUCCCGAAACCAGAUCUUAUGGGUUUCUCAGCUCUCGGUAUCGUCAUCGGCCCCCUCUUGGUUGGAGAUCUUCUCUCUUCAUAUUCUACAAAGUUGGCCAAUUCCUCCUCCGGUCUAGUCUUGUCUCCUGCCACGCCGCCCUUGUCAAAGAGGGAGAAGCUUCGCAAGAAUGCGGAAAUGCGGAACCAACCACAGCCUCUAACUGUUGAUAAGGUGUGGGUGGCAAACGAAGUUGCGACGAUGAUUAUAACCAACUGGCAGGAAGCUGUGGAGCAUAUAGCCAUGCUGGAUGCUCUCCGUCCGGCCCCGAAGACGCGCAAACCGAAACAAGUGACAGGAUCUACAGGAAACCAUCUCUGCCCCUCCAUGUCGGACCCGAUGAUUGUGAAGCCACCUACGGCUUUGUGCUCCCAUGACUCGGCUAGAUACAGCGACUCUCCCGAGCCUGGUACUCCCACACCAACGCCUAGAUUAAGGCUCGCUCAGCCUGGCGACGGUGAGAGCGGCAAUUCUCGCACACUCAAGGUGAAGAGGCUGCGGCCUAGGCAGGCAACCCCCAGUAGCCUGCCAACUCCCACGGUCUCAACCCCGAUCGUAGUGAGCAGGAAUAUUGCUUCUGUUCCCAAGCCACACCAUUCAUCUACUUUUUCAAGUGGGAAGGAAAACGGAGGACCUUAUCAGUCGCCUACGACGCGAAGCCAAAUUCAGCCAAGCAGCAUCCGUCCUGUUCCUCAAAGCCACCCUGAACCAUUCAGCUGUAUCAAGGAACCCGCUAGAAUGGAUGAUGUAAAUCCUAUUGGGGGUUCCUGGGGAAGGCGCCCAAGGACUGACCGGCGAAGGAUGACGGGUGACAUUUACGAGUUUGAUGACGCCAGUUCGUCGUCCUCUAACAGGGAUAAGCUCACUCGACAGAUACCUCAGGAAAAGGGAUCGAGCCGAGUUCUUCGAGAACCCGAUCAGGAACGACCGGCUUGGUACCCACCACUGGGCAACUCAAAUGGACACGGCGAAAUCAUGAAAACACCACCGAAAACUCCCCGAGAAGGUGACAGCGGCCGCAAGCACCAACGUCUCGCAUACGAGGGUGCUGAAGACAGCGACAACUUUAGGGGAACGAUUCAGGCGCAGUCGUCGACGCCAAACUAUUCCCUAAGAAUGGACCAAGCUCGUGCUUACUCAACUUGCGGAUCAACUGUGCCUUCCAGACUCAAUGAGUCCCAUGGGAAUGAAACCGACGAAUACGGCUAUUCUGCACAGUCUACUGAGGAGGAGCCUGGAGCGAUGGACUAUAUGGAACGUUUCGGAUCCCAAUCUUCUGAGCCGCCUGAGCGACCUAUCGAAGGCCGUACCUCGAGUCCCGGAAAAUCCAAGAAUUUGGUGAGGACUAUGGCACAAAUGUUCGAGAAAGCUUCACAAUCUUAUUCGCCUUCUCAAAUCAAGACGAGAGACUCCUGGCAGGACUUGGUUGCAUCUGGCUAUGCUACUGGCCCCACAAUGGAGAGCCGCCUUUUGGAGUCGAGCUCGAUCUACUCUACGCGGAGUUCGGUCAUUGAUACGUCCAUGUCAGGACUCUCUAGGAAACCCGCACGAAGGGGUCGCAAGUCUACAAGUGAUGGCAGUGCUUGGAAGUCGGCAGAUAGCUUUUCGGGCAGCUUCGUUGAUGAUGGGGCUCUCGAAUAUGAUCCUAGUAUGAAUGAGCAUCUCUGCAGGUCGAGUGGCUGCUGCAGCCCUCUAGAAGAGGACAUUCUAGGUUCGGGUUUGCCUUCUCAGUGGGGCGUGAGCAAGGAAGACGUUUACAGUCAAAGCCCAGGUACCGGGUCUAAGGUAUCAUUGAACCAGGCAACCCCCCGGCCCUGCGGCAAUGGUCAGAGUUCAGGUCAUGCAGCUCAGCACUCCCUGCUAGGUGAGGAUGAAGAGACCCCGCGAGUGAGUCGGCCACUGCCGCUCUUGAGCGCCGAGGAAAAGGAUCCAAUCUCCACAGUUCACAGUUACAAGCACGGCAACUCUGACCAUGCCCAGCUGCGAGAUGUACAGGAAAAAUUGGUGGAAGCCACACGUGAGCGUGAUGUAUGGCGAAAACGAGCAGAGGAAGCCGAGAGGAAGUUGGGUUUCUACGAAGCGAGCACAGGAAAAGCGCCAUACAGCAUGUCGCCAGAGAUACCAAGAGCGUGUGCUAUCUCCGGUGCACCAGCAACCCCUGUUAUGGAGCGCCGAGGUUGGCGACGCACCAGCAACGCCAGCGAAAGUGCCAUGCGAAAUCUACACUCGGUGUGUGUUCCUGGAGCGGGAGUGGUUCCUGCAGGGACCGGAUCGCGGCUGUCUUCGCGGUCAUUUUCCGGAAGUCGAGCAGGCAGCGGGGUUGCCGAUGCAAGGCGUAACCUUACGCCCUCGUCGAACGGAUCCGGUGCAAGGGAUACGUCGAUGGGUGUCAUGGAUAUCUGGAUGGCGGCACAGCAGCUGCUCGAGAAGGAAGGAGGAGAGGAGAGGGAGAAUGAGAAGGGUGAUGUUGACCAGCACGAACAUUGA